UUAAAAGCUUCUUAUGUGACAUCUAAAUAACAUUGUUAGCUUUAACAGUGACAUGUAUAUUUCUUUACCUGUUGUGUGGUUUAAAGAAUGAAAUCAACAUUUGGCAAUGUUUGGCAAUAAAUAAUCAUAUUGUUGUGUUAUGAAAGAUAGAUUUAUUUACUUGUAUGGAAAGUUUUAUAAACUUUUAAUAAUAAGAGGUUUGCGAGGGAUGAGAAUUAAUAUGAUGUGACUAUUUACAUUUGUGAAUUCCUUUUGUUGCGAUUUAAUUAGGCAUAUUGUGAUUCAUUGCUUAUAUAAAAGCAAAUCUUGUUAACUAUAAACGUUUUUUGUUUUGUUUUUGUGGUGUGGAACAAUGAUCUAUAAGGUAUAAGAAAUGAAUUUGGCAAUGGUUAGAUGUAUUGUUCGCUUGGAGAUUUAAAUACAGAUCGAAGACAUCGAUAUGACAUGGAAGUUAUGAUUUACAAUACAGAUAGACAUUAGAUCAAACCAUUCUUAGAAGCAGAUAAAACCAUUCCUGGAAGAAAAUUACCAUUCCUGAAAGUGUGGGAAAAAAGUGUCAUAUUCUAAACAAAGAAUGAAAGAGAUUUUUUCUUUUGUCAUAAAUAAUUGUGAAGGUGUUAAUUGUAUUUUCAAACAGGUGUAACUACCAAGAAUUGGUGAUCCAGUUGUUUUGGUCAGGUUUGACAGUUUAGAAAAUAUGUCCAUGAAUCCUAGUUAUUAAACUUUACAUGUUCUAAUAUAAAGUCGUUGAGUUUUCAUUGAUUUUUGGAUUAUUAAAGUUUGACCUACAGCUGUUAAAUAGAUUUAUAUCUACCUCAGUAUAAGUGGACAUUAAAAGAUUAAUGAUUAAAUGAAGUAGUUAUUCAAAUUCUAUUGUUUGAAGAAAAGGAUAUAUAUUGUGUAGUGUGCAGUACAAACUUUUCAAACUUUUCUAUGAAGAAUUAUUUGUUAUGUUUAGAGUGUGGUGAUGUUGGAUUCAUUCUUUUAAAAAGAACCAGUCAGGAGAAUUUUCUAUCGAGAAACUUUUAAUUUUAAAUUGUGUGGAGAUAUUCUUUUAUAAUUGCGUCAACAUAUUUGGAGUUAUAAUACAAACUAUUUAAAAUCUGCAGUAAUUGAUUAUCCUUGAUUUAUGCACAAACAUUGAUUAUUCGUAACAAGUUACCUGAGGCGAGAUUUAAUUGUCUUGUAUAUAUGCACUUUUAUCUUGCUGGAGAAAUGUGGAUGUCGAUAGAGUUAUCUCCCAUAGACUAAUAAAAAAUUAACUUGGAUAAAAAAAUCAACAUGUGUCCCAUGAGCACAAAUAAUGAAGUAUCACUAGGCCCAAUGAAGCUGAAACAAAAAACCAUGUCUAUCUUGCUUGUGUUUGCCAAGGAAGAUGCCCAAAGUGAUGGGUUUUGGUGGGCAGCAGACAAGAUUGGAUAUAAAUGUUAUAUCGCCCACAAUCCAGAGACAGCCAUGGAGAACUACCUGGACAAACAUCCAGACGUUGUCAUCAUUGAUCACAGAAAUAGCAAACAUUUUGAUGCUGAAGCCCUUUGCAGAUCUUUAAGAGCAACAGAAUCAAGUGAACAUACAGUUAUAGUGGCUGUCACAAAACGAUAUGCAUUAGACAAAGAAGAACCAUCAUUUUUACCAUCAAUUACAGCAGGCUUCAAUAAGAGAAUUGUUGAAAGUCCCAACAUUAGUAUGUGUAUGAAUGAAUUACUGACAUUAGAAUAUGGUGAAGUACAAUCCCGGUUAAAGCUCAGUGCUUGUAAAGCUGUCUUCUCAGCUCUUGAUAAUGUCUCAGACGCUGUAGAAAUCUCCAGCGAGGACCAUGAGGUUCAGUAUGUAAAUCAUGCCUUUGAAAGGCUGACAGGAUAUAGUAGUGAAGAAGUUUUAGGAAAAAACAGUUCAGAAAUUGUCAAAAAUGACCGUAACCGACCCGAUCUCAAUGAUACCAUAAAUAGCCAGCUUAAAAAGGGAAAGUACUGGGAUGGUAUUUACCAUACAAGAAGGAAAAGUGGUGAAAUCUUGCCUAGUCACUGUCAUAUCUGUCCAGUUCUUGGUCAAGGGGGGAAAAUAUCACAUGUAAUAUCAAUAAAGAAUUCAACCACAGAUACCUCACAUAUUUUAAAAGAAAGUACAGAAUUUAAUUUAGUUAAUGGAAGGUUAUCUAGACAGUCUAGUGGAUUACAUGGCGUUCCACGGAGGAAAGAAUCUAUAGCACGGAUCCACUCAAUGACUAUAGAAGCUCCAAUCACAAAGGUGAUUAAUAUAAUAAAUGCGGCUCAGGAAAGUAGUCCAAUUACUGUUGUACAGGCAUUGGAUAAGGUGCUAGAAAUUCUACGAACCAGCGAACUUUACUCACCAUACUUUGCACAACAAAACAUGAAAGAUAAUGAUCCUAUGACUAGUGAUUUAGUCAGUGGGCUCGUCUCACAGAAUGUCAAGAGGUCAUUAACACCAAGCUAUUUAUCAGAUGUAAACAGUAACAGCAGUGGAAAACAAGGGAGUGAUCUACAAUCUAGACGACCCAGUCGUGCUUUGUCCUCGAGACAAUCCAGUCAUCAUUCUCAUCUGCACAUUCCUAGUCCAGUAACCUCAUCCUUAUCUCAGGUUCCAGAUCAUAUACAGGAAAUACUGGAUAAAGAUUACACCUGGGAAUUCAAUGUUAUAGAAUUAGAAAAAGUUACAAAUAAAAGACCACUUUUAUAUUUAGGAUUAAAGACAUUAACUAGAUUUGGAAUUUGUGAUUUCUUUCAAAUUGAAGAAAGCGUAGUAGCAAACUGGUUAAAACUAGUUGAAGGCAGAUACCAUAGUACUAACACAUAUCAUAAUUCUACCCAUGCUGCAGAUGUCAUGCAUGCUUCAGCAUUUUUUCUAGAGAGAGAAAGAAAUAAGGCUGUUUUUGACCAAAUGGAUGAGAUGGCUUGUUUAAUAGCUGCAAUAGUCCACGACUUAGACCAUCCAGGCAGAACCAAUGCCUUCCUUGUCAAUGAGAAAAAUGAAUUAGCUAUAUUAUAUAAUGACCAGGCUGUUUUAGAGAACCACCAUUCAGCAUUAGCCUUUCAGUUAACGUGGAAGGAUGAUUCUGUUAAUAUUUUCAAAAAUUUAGAAACAGAUGAUUACAAGAUUUUGAGACAGAAUAUUAUUGAUAUGGUCCUAGCUACAGAAAUGAAACAACAUUUUCAACAUCUAAAUAAAUUCAUCAACAGUAUCAAUAAAGGUUGUCUCAAAAUGGAUGAAACAUCAUCAAUGAGUGGAAAUGGUUCCCCAGAUAGUACCAUGAUGCUGAACCAGUUAUCUGCCCCUGAAAACAAGACUUUCAUUAAACGUAUUUUAAUCAAGUGUGCUGAUGUAGCUAACCCGUGCCGUCCAUUAGAUGUUUGUAAAGAAUGGGGGAAAAGAAUCGCUGAAGAAUAUUUUCUACAGACUGAUGAGGAAAAAGCGAGAGGAUUACCGGUGGUUAUGCCUGUUUUUGAUAGAAAAUCUAUACGAAUACCAAAGUCCCAGCUUAGUUUUAUUGAUGUUUUCAUCAACGAAAUGUUUGAAAGUUUUGAUGAUUACUGUGACAUACCAGAGUUAAUUUCACAUCUCCAAACAAACUAUCAAUACUGGAAGGAAAGGGAUGAGGAAAGCAGUGAAAAGAGUGAACAAGAAAACUUACCAAAUGGCACAACAGAAGAUGACACGUAGCAGACGACAGUCUGCCUAGUUCAUGUCAUCCAUCAAUACCUCAUUCACAGUUCAUUGAUAUCAUACAGAGGAAGAGAGAGAGAGAGAGAGUUGUGGUGAACAUUUCUCCAGAUAGGAUUCCUGAAAUGAAAGGAAGAAAGAUACUUAAGUCAUCGAAAAAAUCAGCAAUAAAAUACUGAGUUUAUACAGAUCUUUAAUUGUGUGUAUAUAAGGAGAAAUUUAAAUCCAGAUAGCUGAUUACGUUCCCAGAAAUAGAAGAUUUAGUCUUGAGGGAGAAAUUCACUAUGUGUUACACUACGUAAUUUGGUGGAAAGCCAAAGCAUUUACUGUAGAUAUGUGAACAUAUAUUAUGUAAGGGGAAUUCCAAGCAUCAGGCAGUGCUUAUUACAGACUGAUUCCCUGUUGUCUGUUACGUCUGGUACCCAUUUGUGUAAAUAAAGGCUAGAUUUCCUUGUCAUAACAAGAAAUGGUUUUCAUUCCCUCCAAGAGUGUUGUAAAUGGGGACCAGUAUUGACUUGUAUGAAGGUAUCUGCUACAAUGAGUUUGUGUGAACAAUAAAGGGGAACCAGUCAAGCUUGACUAUUUUCAGCAUUUACUUAAAAAUGUCAUGUGUGUUAAUGUAUGAAUAGUUUUUUAUUUAUUUUUUGUGAUUUUUCUAAUGCUUGUAAGUUUCAUAUUGUGAUGUAGCUCAUAUUCCAAAGAGUAAUCCUUUAUCCAUAUAAACCAAAAUAAUAUGGCAAACAUUUUACUAUUAUAAUACUGCAUAUAAACUCACACCAAAUGUCUUGAAUUGUGAUAUUAUUUCUUCUUUAACUCCUUUCUCUCAAAUGCCAAAAAAAUAGGUAGGAUAUGCCAAAAUGAAUAUUUUUCUCAACCUUAUUUAUAAGAUUUGAUAAUUUGGGAUGCUCUCUCAAAUUUUAACAUGAAAACAAAUUUGUUUUCAAAAGAAAAGUUACAGACUAUAUUCACUGGUAUAAAAUACAGAAAUGUAAAAAAGAGAUGGAAAGCAAUGUCUGAUUUAUCUUGUUUAGCUUUAAGAAUUAUGGGUCAUUUGUUCACAGAGAGAUAAAACAAAUGAAGCAUUUUAAAAUGUCCAAAAAAGAAUAUCACAAUAACUAUUUUAAAACUUUUCGUCCCUUUUACAGAAAUAAUGUAAUGGGUCCAGUAAUAGCUUUAGCAGUAUUUCUUUUAAGGUAAGACAGAUGUAUCAACCUUUUGUUUGAUUCAUAGAUUCUCAUUUACCUGAUACAACAAGGAUUAAAUUAACAAUUAUUUUGAGAAGUACAUUUUUCUGGUGAAUUAUAAUUUAUCCGUGGAGUCUUGAAAAAACUGCUGAUUAUGCCAACAUGAUACUGUUAUAUCAAGUCAGUAUUACACUACCUCACAUGUUACAAUAAACCAUUGAAGUAACUUAAGGUACGGAGAAUUUAAAUUUUAAAUUGCAUUUGACAGAAAAGUUUUUGGAGUCAUGUAUUCUCUGUUAGCAGUUCCUAUUUGUAAAAUUUCAUUAUUAUUUUAUAAAUUUUACACACACAAAGGAAAAAGUUUUUUUUCAAAUAUUCUGUUUGAAAACCAUGAUAGUAUGGUUGUGCAGUAUUUCAUAGAAGAUCUUUUAGACAUUCGUUGUUUACAUUUGAAUGUAAGCAUGUCAUAUUGUACAAGGAAUUCUCCCUAGAAGAACAGUUAUUGUUGUUUAACUAAGACAUAGCGUUAAUAUCAGUAUUACAUUGGAGAAAUAUCAUUACCUAUAGUAAACAUUUCAUUGCAUCAUAUCUUUUUCUGUCUAGUUAACAUUUCAAGCAAAUUGUAAAUAGCUGUCAUAUUGAAUGUUUGGUCCUCUUAUCAACAUCAGUUAAAAGUAAAAUAGAAAAGAAGUUUCUACAAAAAUUCAACAUCUUUUGAAAAUAAGAUGUGGCAGUACUUUUAUUCCUGGGUAUAGAUUUUUAGUUAUUGGUGGAAUUAUCAUUAUAGUUUGGAGGUAUUUGUUUGGUUUCAGGUCCCAACAAAGUUACAAGUGAGAAGAUAUUUAUUUUGUUGCACAUUCUUAGAUUUUGAUUUGCAUUAAAAUCCAUAAAAUGUAUAACCCAUGAACAAAAGUACUGUCUCAACUUUUAUAGUUUCACUGUAAGUGAUAAAAAAUUCUAACUAUAAUAGCCUUUGCCAUGGUUCCAGGGCUCUGAUCUCUAGUCUAGAUAUUAUGUGAUAUACAGUGUACGUCUUUGGGUACCUACAGUAUUACCAUGGAUACAGGGUAUACAACAUACACAUUUUAGUUUUUGAAAAAUAUUGUAUGAAAAUGAUUGAAAUUUUCAACAUGUAACUGUGGCCCCAAUAAAUAUUUGUUACCUAAAAAAAUUGGGGCAAGUGUACCUAUUAAAUUCAUUUAUUACAUAUUUUCAUGUCCAGGUUUGAUAUUUUUGCAUAAAUUUUUACAAUGUAUAACAUUAGAUCUUGUUAUGUUUCAUGGAUUGAGUCUUGAUGUAGAAAAUUCAUAUAUAAUUAUUUCCAUAUUGGUUGUUACUGUAAGAUAAGUAAACAAUAUCAUUUUUUGCAACCGUGUUUAUUUCUAUUAUUCAACAUUUGUGGUGUUUCACAAUCAUGUCGGAAACAAAUUUGACGGUUUACCCAAGCAUCAAUAUUGAAAAGAAUAUCUUUUCCCACCCUACCCGGUCCCGUCAUAGACAACCAUUUUUUACAUGUAUCUAAUUAGCUAACACCGGUAAAUAAUUUAUAGGUAUCUGUUGACUGUAUAACGGUGAUGUACAUUCUAUUGAAUAUUAUAUUGUAAUAUAUUUGUCUUAGAGAAUGUACUAUUUAUAUAUAAGAUUUAUAUAUAUAUUAUACAUAUAUUAGUAUAUAUUUAGCCUAAUUUUUAAUGUUCUUUGAAUGACUGGCUCAAUAUACUGAAUCUGCUGCUAUUCAUCCAUCCAGUUGUUCGUCUAAUUUUUACCAGUGCUCCAAUGUUCAUUCAUGCCUUUUUACAGUAAAGAAUUUUUAAUUAGAUUAGAAUAUUGCAGCCUAAUACACUAUGUUUUUACUGAGUCAUUUUUCAUUAAUUCAUUGACUGUUUUUGGUUAAUAGUACUAAUUCAUUUGGUGCUGUGAUUUGACUACCAUUUUAUUUUCCGUUUUGGUCAUGUUGUGUAAGGAUUAUACAAUUAUGAAAACUGUAAGAUAAAAACCCCAUACAAGUCCCUUUCAAGGAGGGGUUACACUUGCAUACAAAUUAGUAAAGAAUGGCAGUACAUACCAGAUGUUUGUUAAGUAUUUUGUAACAAAUUUUUAAAACAUGAAAGUUUAAUGUUUUCAAGCAGCUAAACAAUCUGAAAUACAUGAAGUAUUGUGAUAACUAAUAUUGUUACUUAGAAAAAAUCAUACUUUAAGCUGUAAGAAAAUAAAAUGUAUGAGGAUAUUUACACUUCAAGAUUUGUUUUAAAAAGUCUACUUUCAGUUUGAAUGAGUAUCAUAACUUAUCAGCUUAUAAUGAUUUUUUUCCUUUGCUUGGCUGACUCUGGGCAGAAAGUAUAAUUUAUUUAGGUGGUUCAUUUUCUUGUUGCUUUAUUUCAUUUUAAAAUUUUUAAGUUGUUUAAAUAGAUAACCCUCAACUGUUAAAUAUAAUUUAUGAGAAGUUUCACAAGUUAUACCACUUCCUGUUAAUGUUUUUUCUAGCUCACUGGUCCACUCCAGGUAUUUUUAGCCCUAUUAAUUGGACAACAUUACUGAUUUACAUGUCAGUGAAACAUGAACCAGUUUUGGCAAACUUUGGUAAAACUAUAUUUUGUGCCCAGUUAUGCCUUUUUAAAUUAUGUUUCAGAACCGUUAUAUCUACCUCUUGGUUGAUUCUACAUCCCUUUUGACAAUGGCAUAAGGGGAGGUAAUAUUUACCGUAAUAAAAGGGAAAGGGAAAUAACUCCAUGGCUUGAUUUUGUUAUUGUUUAUUAAUUUUGUUGAAUAGAUUGUUCUGUGAUAGUGAAAUAAUAAAAAAAAAAAUGGCAUCAUGUCUAAAAUUAAUAUAAAAUUAUUUAUAAAGAAAAAUUUAAUUUUAUUUAUUUUUCGCUGUGAUCACAAGUUGACUUCUUUGUCAGAUUAAGAAUUUUGAUCCAAAGUUUGUGGAUAUCUUUAAAAAGAUUUUACAAGCAUUAUGUAACCUUUGAUAUUAUCAUUAAAUAUUGCAGGUUUUAGCAUUCUCAUAUUAAAUGUAAGAAUAAACAUUAUUGUUUAGUGAUUACAUUGUGUAGCAGUCUGCAGGUUUUUUUUAUGUUUUAUAUAUUUUAUAAAUGUAUCUUCAGAUGGAACAAACUUAGGGAAAAAAAUCUUAUGUUCAUUCAAACAUUAACCUUCCUUUAUGUACUGAAAAGUUUUUCUAGCCAUUGAAAAAAAAAUAUAUUAAUAAAAUCAUGAUAAAACUCUUGGAAAAAAAAUAUAUUCUCAAAUUUUAGUAUGAUGCAUGUAAACUUGUCCACAAACUUUUGGAUCAAAUCUUGAAAAUGUAAGAGUUUAAUGAUAUUUAACCAUACAAAAAAAGUGAUUAAUUAUUUUGUUUGUUAUGUUUCUAAGAGUGAUAUUUAACAGCAUGAAUUCAUUUAAAUUUCAUUGAAUUUAUAGUUUCAUCAUUAAAGCUAAAGUUAGUUUCGCUGUGACUUUUGACCUAGGCAAAUUUUAGCUGUUUUUUUAUGGUUUCUUGAGAAUGUGUAAUGUUGUUAUCAUCUUUUUGAGGUAUUGCUGCAUUAAAUUUUCUAUGGAUCAUGUAGUAGGAUCCCUACAUUUUUUUCAAUGUAUAGUUAAAAUUACAGGAUAGUUUUUUUUUGCCUAGUUGUGAUGAAAUAAGUUGUUAUGUUUAUUAUGAAUGGUUUAUUGUGUAUUAAUCCAUUCAAAAGUCUACAAACUUUUAAUAAAAUGUUAGAAACAUGCUCA